AUGUCCAAACCAAUAAUAAACUUCUUCAAGGGCCAUCCAUCUCGAGAACUUCUCCCCACCAAAGCAAUCGCAAGCACCUUUCAAAAAAUUCUUUUAGAAUCUGAUUAUCUCGAAUAUGACACCGAUCCAAGCAAUCAACAUCCAUUACAAUAUGGAACCGACCCAGGAAACCUCGAUAUUCGAAAAAUAUUAUCCAAUUGGCUCGACACGAAAUAUGGUAAAACAGGGGGAUAUAUUGAUCCGAAUUGUAUAAACCUAACCGCGGGUGCUUCAUAUGGUGUGGCUAAUAUUUUGGCCUCGGUGACUGAUUCAUGUAGGAUAACGAAACUUGCAUUUAUCGUGACGCCGACUUAUUAUUUGAUUAAUGGAUCAUUCUUGGAUUUAGGAUUUGAUGAAUCUAAUAUGGUUGCGAUUAAAGAAACUCCAGAACAAGAAUAUGAUCUUGAUAUCGAAGAGCUUGAAAGACGACUUGAAUUAGAAUCGAAAGAUUUAGAACUGGCCGAUGACGGAAGGGAGAUUAAUAUUAUUGAGGAUCCAGUUAGGGGUGAUAGAAAACUUUAUAGAUUUGUCAUGUAUUUAGUGCCUACAUUUUCAAAUCCUGGUGGAAUCACCUAUUCAUUAAAAACAAGACAUAAAUUGAUCGAAUUGGCAAGAAGGUAUGAUAUGUUGAUCAUAAGUGAUGAUGUAUAUGAUUUUCUCGAUUAUAAAGAACAGAAUCAUCCCCCCAUUGCAACAUUUAGUCAACUUGAUAAAGAUUCAUUACCAAGUUAUAAGACUUAUGGGAAUACAAUUUCAAAUGCUACAUUUUCAAAAAUAUUAGCUCCCGGAUUAAGAGUUGGUUGGCAACAUACACCAACAUCGAAAUUAGUUUCACAAUUGGCUAUAACUGGUGCAAAUAAAUCAGGAGGUACUCCGGCACAAUUAUCGACGUUUGUGGUGGGCGAGAUGAUUAAAUCAGGUAAGGCUGAUGAAAUUAUUGAAGAUUUUAAACGGGUUUAUAAAAAAAGAGCCAGGGUUGUUAUUGAAAGUAUUGGGAAAUAUUUACCUAAGAGUACAAAAGUAUAUGGAGGUGAUGGGGGAUAUUUCUUUUGGAUCAUAUUGCCUGAAAUCGAGGAUCAUUCAUUGAUUGUUAAAGAACUUCAACGAGAUCAUAAUGUAAUUUUAGCUGGAGGUGAAAAUUUCGAAGUUGCUGGAGAUUCACAAGAUUGGGGGAAAUGUUGUGUUAGAUUAAGUAUUAGUUUCUUAUCUGAAGAAGAGAUAGAAGAAGGGAUAAAGAUUUGGGGAAGUGUAAUUAGAAAGCAUUAUGGUGAUUUAUACUAG